AGAGGUCAGCGGCGGCGGCGGCGCGCAGGCUGCCGGGAGAGCGAGGCCUCCCCCUCAGCGGGCGGGUUGCGGACGGGAGGCGCGGAGUGGAGCGGCCGUGGGGAGGGACGGCGACUGCAGUUACCGGACAUGGAGGCAGAGGAGGUGUUGGUGGACACUGUUCACGAGGUACCAAGCCACUACAAAGUCGUACUGGACAGACUGAAUGAGCAGAGACAGCAGGAGCAGUUUACUGAUAUCACUCUCAUCGUGGACGGUCACCAUUUCAAAGCCCACAAGGCUGUCCUUGCCGCCUGCAGCCAGUUCUUCUGCCGCUUUUUCCAGGAUUUCCGGGAGGAACCCUUGGUGGAGAUUGAAGGGGUGAGCAACCUGGCGUUCCAGCACCUGAUCGAGUUCACCUACACGGCCAAGCUGAUGGUGCUGCAGGAGGAGGAGGCGAGCGACGUGUGGAAAGCCGCCGAAUACCUGCAGAUGGAGGAGGCGAUGAAAGCCCUCAACAACCGGACCAGCGCCGAGUCUCCCACGGCCAAGGCCAAGCACCCGGGCAAGAGGAAGGCCAAGAAGCGGACCAUCGCCGAGACGUCAAACGUCAUCACCGAGAAGCUGCCGUCCAUCCAGGAGACGGAGACGGUGGAGAUCGACCAGGUGAACGUAUUUUCCGCCGAGAUCGUGGAGAUCGAGGGGGAGCGGCUGGAGGAGGAUGGGGUUGGAGUGGCCUCGGAGGACACGGACGAGGCGGAGCAGCUGGCCGGAGACCUGGCCGGCGCGGAGCAGCCCGGCGAGUCGGCGCUGGCCCUGCUGGCCGACAUCACCAGCAAGUACCAGCAGGACAAUCUGGACAGGGAGCCGGAGAGGGAGGGCGAGCCCGAGGCGGCCGCACAACCCCAGGAGGGGGCGAUCUCCACGGAGGACGGCAUCCACAUUGUGGAGGUGCUGGCACAGGGCGACAAGGUGUUCUGCUGCGAGAAGUGCGGCCGCACCUUCAGACUCUUCUACCACUUCAAGGAGCACCUGAAGGUGCACUCGGGCGAGAACUACGUGUGCCACCUGUGCAGCAAGCAGUACACGAGGGAGAGCGCCUGGAAGCAGCACCUCUCCUCCCACCGCGACGAGGAGGGCGGCAACAAGAAGCCCCGCUGCGUCCGCAAGGUGCACGUGUGCCAGUACUGCGACAAACAGUUCGACCACUUUGGCCACUUCAAAGAACACCUUCGCAAACACACUGGUGAGAAACCCUUUGAGUGCCCGAACUGCCACGAACGCUUUGCCAGGAACAGCACUCUGAAGUGCCACCUUGUAGCCUGCAGUACAGGUGCGGGUGCAAAGAAAGGAAGGAAGAAGAUGUAUGAGUGCCAGGUCUGCUCCAGUGUCUUCCCCAGCUGGGACCAGUUCAAGCACCACUUAGCGGUGCACACGGGAGAGAAGCCCAACCACUGCACCGUGUGCGACAUGUGGUUCAUGCGUGCCGGCGAGCUGCGGCAACACGUGAGGGAGAAGCAUGAGGAGUCCGAGCCGGCGGAGGACGAGCUGACCGAGAUUGUGGUGCCGGUGGUGAUGAUCGACACCGAGGCCAUGGAGGGCGAGACCAUCAUCGAGCAGGUGACGGUGUAGCUGACCACUGCCUGACGUUUGGGGGGGAGGGGGAGGGUGGGGUGGGGGAAGAAGGACGUUUGGUGCGAGGCUUUGGGCAAGGGGUCGGACCCUUCAACGCCCAGCCUGACCGCAGCGGGGUGCGACCAGGGCCAGAGAACAGCGGCCCACGUCUCCCGUAUCGCCCUCCCCACCCGCUCUUUGGACUUCUUUCGACAAACCGGCGGUCGGUUUACGCGGAAUGGAAUUGCUGCGUCAAGAGGUCGCGAUCAAAGCCUCCGUGCCUCCUGUGCGUUAAGGAGAUCUUGGAGCAGCCGAGGGUGUCCCCUCUCCGACCAGCCAGCAUCGCUCGGCACAUGAACUCACUGGCCUAAAGGCCGCCGGUAAUGGAAAAUAAACGGCAACGUGGUUUUUGUUGGCCGGUAGCAGAACGAUCGAGCCCUUGCACUGGGAGAUCACCCGCAGAUUAAAAACGUACACACGGCGGGCAGGCGGGUUGUACCACUGAAGCACCACUGGGCAUCCCCUGUUGAACUGUCGGGCUUGAGAUCUAGGGCCUUUUGCCACUGCCUGAGGCUUCAUCGCCAGUCUGCGCUAUCAGGUCGCCGUGCCCUGAAGCGCUGAUUCCCCUGGACUGUAUGACAUUGGGGUGGGGUGUCGGACACAUCGCAGAGAGGACUGCACUUCUGUUGGAGUUGUUCCAGUCGCCAUCUCCGUGUGACUUCUUGUAAAUGUUCGUAGAGAAUGCACGGCGGUUUAAUCCACUUACAGGCACGUAAAUUAAAAAAACUGUCUGAUUCUGUAGA